AUGCCUGGCAUACCAACGUCUUCGGGUACGAGGGAGACACAGUCUAGAAACCCCUUUUUGACGACGCUGCCGCGAGGAAAUGAAGGAGACAUGCGCUCCGCUGGUCGUACAGGCGAGUCGAGCUCGCGGAUCACCUCUUCAGGUGGUUCGCCAGGCACCACCGCUCAGUCGGAAUUCCAUCCAGCUGCUAUGGAAAGCCAGUCAACGUUUCAUGAUGCGAAUGAGUUGGAUACGUUGAGUGCAUCCCAUGGCUCGAACCGACCAAGCACUGAUAAUUCCGAUUUUGGCGAUGCUUCGAGCUUUAUCUCCAUCCCCAUAUAUGACACUCCUCUUGACUUUGAUUUUAUCCAUGAGUCUAUGCCUCCUGUGAGCACAUCAGGCGGAGCGCCUUUACCUCUUCACCGCGAGGUGUCCGGCCUGUAUCCUCAUCGGAACGGUGUCAACACUCCUACAGCGCAUCUCGCGUCUUCUUCGAGUCAGCGGACCGUCAAACAGAGUACGAUUCGCGACUCCAAGCCGUCUGAUGCGGCUCUGCUAACUGAUGCACUUGCAAACAAUGACGUUGGUCAGCCCGCUCCUGCUCGUCGCACGACGGUCGGCGACGCACGUGCAUCUAGGCCCAUCGCAACAGAUCCAUACAAGCAACCGCAGUUCAAGAGAGAUACUGCCUUCUCAUCUAUGGACAGUGCUCGGCCAUCUUCUCGACCUCAAACGCCCGGCUCUGCGUCUCGACCCGCCUCUGGCAUGGGUGCAUCGCGCUCGUCUGCGACGCUCCUCAGUAACCGGUCAUCCUAUCGGAAUGGUCAGAAUGUGUCUGCGUUGCGUGCGGAUGGGUUCAGAUCGCCUACUCGUGCCGAAAUGUCUGAGCAAACCAGAGCAGCAAGUGCGACGCCUGGAACUCCCGCCCCAGCCAUGGCAACCUCAGAGUCAGACAUGUUGGACGCACCUACGACAUCUACGAUCAAGCCCAUCAAGCGUUCGAAGCAGAAAAAAUCAGCGGCAACAGGGGUAGCGGCAGGGGCAGCGGCGACAGCAGGAGCCGGAGCAGGAGCUGCGGGUCUCUCAUCGGUCAACAAGCCAGAUGCUCCCACAGCUGGAGCUCAGGCAUCACAAUUGGCAUCGGAUCCUCCCAAGAGUAUUAAGCCAGCCAAGCAAGCGCCUCAACAUGCGAAUGCUGUGCCGUUCGGCGAGAAGCCUGUAAAGCAUGUAAACCCAUUGUAUGUGGACAUCGCUACGAAUCCAAAGAAGCCAUGGUACAAGCGAUUCCCCUGGCUUCCCUGGCUCCUUGGUGCAUUAGCGUUGGCGGUUAUUCUCGGAGUUGCUCUUGGUGUGGGUCUGGGUGUGGGACUGAGUAACAACGAUGACAAUAAGAACCUGAGUCAAAAGCCCAAUUCGAAGGAUGAUGGUCAGAGUUCGGACUCCUCCGGACAUGGUGGUAAGCCUGCCUCUGUGCCGAAGGAUCUCAAGCCAUUACCGAAAUGGAACUGGACGUCUACCACAAAUAAAGUAUUUGGUACUAACCUCGGCGGACUGUUUCUCUUGGAACGCUGGAUGUUUGAAGACUGGAUGGUCGAGGUGGGGGGUCUUGAUGCGUGGGACGAAUAUUCUCUGUCUGAAAAGCUUGGUGACAAGCUCCAAGAGCCAUUGCGGCAACACAUAGACUCUUGGUUUACCGAAGAUGACAUGAAUACCCUACAGGAUGCCGGUGUCAAUAUGAUCCGCAUCCCCCUGGGAUACUGGCCGUUUCUCUCGACGAAACUCACCAAUGAGCCAUACCAGAAUGCCUCACAUCUUGAAAAGCUCUCCGACAUUAUGUAUUGGUCGUGGAACCGCAGUAUGUAUGUCCUGAUCGACAUGCAUGGCUUGCCCGGCAGCCAGAACAACGACCAAUCGAGUGGGCACAACUAUACAUCCAAUGACAACCAGCAAAUAUCUGAAUGGUAUUCGGAUGCGAAUCAGAAUUACUCGCGACAGAUGGUCGACAACAUGCUCGGCUGGCUUGACGCACACCCAGCCAAGUCGGUGGUUGCAGGCAUAACUACGGUCAAUGAACCUAAGGUAUAUUCAAAGCGAAGCUACGAGUCAGCGCUGCGUGACUUUUACGACUUCAGUAUCGAGAGGCUCAAACCGCAUGGCAUUCCACUUGUGGCACACCAUGCUUUUGUUGAUUCUCCUUACCAGCACUGGAAGUCAUACGCGUCCAACAAGAGUCCCGACACAUUCAUCUUCGAUGACCAUCCAUAUCCUGCGUGGUUCCAGACACCCGAGCCUUCAGACAAGGACAAGAUGAUCAGCAGCAUUUGCCAGUACAAGGAAGACAUGAUCGAUUUCCCUGUGCCCGUACUGUACGGCGAGUUCUCAGCCAUUAAUAUCCUCAACGACACCCAAUGGACUACGGACUACCUGAAGACGCAGCUCAAGGUAUUUGGCUGGUCAGCUGGAUCGACUUUCUUCAACUUCCGUGUCAACAAAAGCGAGAAUCCUGUGUUGGCCUCGCCUUAUGCCAUCGGCGGCAAGUACUCCAUGUUGGAAAUGCUUCAGGCCGACAGUGAGAUCGGUCACUUUCCACCCCGCAACACAACUAUGCCUGUCAUCGAGUUCACCAACCAACUAUCGAAUAGCUGCGGAGACGACCCACAAAUUACGUGGUAA